UAUGUACAUAAUGUGGGUGUGAUACUGUACUUCUGUUGUUCGGUUCAGUUGUUGUUUGGCAAGUUUUGUGCGCAUGCGCGGACCGUUGCAUGUGAGUGAAUCUGAGCACUUAGCCGCCGGUACAGCAUGGAAAGGAAAGUACUUGCACUUCAGGCGAGGAAGAAAAGGACCAAAACCAAGAAACCCAGCAAAAAGCCUGAUCCCCACCCGAGGGGAGCCGCGCAGCAGCCUGACUCACUGCAGGAGCAAGAUGAGGAGAUCUUGGGUUCAGAUGAUGAGGAGCAAGAGGACCCUAAUGAUUACUGCAAGGGUGGAUAUCACCAUGUGAAAAUAGGUGACCUGUUCAAUGGACGGUACCAUGUUAUCCGCAAGCUGGGAUGGGGUCAUUUUUCCACUGUUUGGCUUGCUUGGGACACACAAGGGAAGCGUUUUGUGGCCAUGAAAGUGGUUAAGAGCGCAGAGCACUACACAGAAACAGCACUCGAUGAGAUCAAGCUCCUGAGAGCGGUCAGGAACACAGACCAGAAUGAUCCCAGCAGGGAGAAAGUGGUGCAGUUAUUGGACGACUUCAAGAUCUCGGGCGUAAACGGGACCCAUGUGUGUAUGGUGUUUGAAGUUCUCGGCCACCAUCUGCUCAAGUGGAUUAUUAAGUCCAACUACCAGGGCCUGCCGCUGCCGUGUGUCAAGAGCAUUAUUCGACAGGUUUUGCAAGGCCUGGACUACCUGCACACCAAGUGUAAGAUCAUUCACACUGAUAUAAAGCCAGAGAACAUCCUGAUGGAUGUGAAUGAGGCGUAUGUCAAGAGACUGGCUGCGGAGGCCACAGAGUGGCAGAAAUCUGGAGCUCCACCUCCUUCUGGAUCCGCAGUGAGUACAGCUCCAGCCCCAAAACAAAUGGCCAAAAUGUCCAAGAACAAGAAGAAAAAGAUGAAGAAGAAACAGAAGCGUCAGGCUGAACUCUUGGAGAAGAGGAUUCUGGAGAUCGAGGGACUGGAGAAAGGCCCUGAUGGAGGAGAGGAGGAAGAGGAGGAUGAAACGGAGACGCCCGACAGCACCCCAUCAGUCCCCAGCAGUCACACACUGCAUGACAUCACAGCUGAGGCCACUCUGGAUGGUGUCUCAGAUGGUUGGUCUCAGCUCAGAGGCGCCGUCAACGGCCACAGCCCGGGCCUUGAGGACGAGCAGAGCCUCGAUCUCCAGCAGCAGAUGAAGGACGACAACCCCGUGAACCCUUAUGACAGCGGCACCGAGGGAUCCGACCUUACUAACCCUUACCCAGCAUGCAACGGCACCGAAGAGAAAGAGCCCAGUCCUCCAUCCCCUGCCGCCACAGACGGUAAUGGACCUUUGAUUUGUGGCAUGGUUGAGUCACAGUGCCCUAGGGUGCAGGAUCAAGAGAGCCCCACGGCGGAGCUGAACGGCUCCGGCUCUGUUGAGGGCCCCAGAGCGGAGAUGGGCCUCACCAUGGAGGUGGACCCCAGCGCGCAGGCGGUCACAGAGGAGGAGAGCCUGAAGGACGCUAAGAUUGCUGCGGGAAACCUGCUGCUCAACCCCCUGGAGCCGUUAAACGCUGAUAAGAUCCAGGUGAAAAUAGCUGACCUGGGCAACGCCUGCUGGGUGCAUAAGCACUUCACAGAUGAUAUUCAAACGCGGCAGUAUCGUUCUCUGGAGGUGUUGAUUGGAUCAGGAUACGGCACCCCAGCUGACAUCUGGAGCACAGCAUGCAUGGCAUUUGAGCUGGCGACAGGGGAUUACCUGUUUGAGCCUCACUCCGGAGAAGAAUAUUCCAGAGAUGAAGAUCACAUUGCGUUGAUUAUCGAGCUGCUGGGGAAGAUUCCUCGUAAACUCGUCAUGAAUGGCAAAUAUUCCAAGGAAUUUUUCACCAAGAAAGGUGACUUGAGGCACAUUACUAAGCUGAAACCGUGGGGUUUGCAGGACGUGCUGGUCGAAAAGUACGAGUGGUCCCGAGAGGAAGCUCUGAAUUUCUCAGACUUCCUCCUCCCGAUGUUGGACCUCAUCCCAGAGAAAAGAGCCACGGCUGCCGAGUGCCUCCGUCACUCCUGGAUCGCCUCCUAGUGGCCAAAAACCUCCAAACCACACACACACACACACACACACUCUCACACACACACUUCUUUGAACUCAUGAAUGCUCACCACUGACAGACGCUGUCUUAAGAGCCAUUCCUGGUGUCAUGGCAGAUAUUAGCUGCAAGGAUGAGAAGGUCCAGUCAAGCAGAUCUAAUCUGAAUCCAGUUUUCAAGUCGUCGUUGCUUUUUUACGUAAUGGGUAUAAUUUGAGUGUACCGUCAUUUCAGUGGUUUGUGCUCUUGCUGAUUUAUCUAACAAUCACUUUUCUAUCAGUUUCCGUCAUAUCACAGGAUGGUUUCAAACGCGUCAGGAUUGAUUUAUCUUCUCAAGAGGUUGGACUUUGUCAACUUACAGUGUCCAUUUUCUUAAAAGCAAGAAUGUUUGGAAUAAAUCGGACUCAGUAGCUGAUUGUAGUGUUUCUUCACUGUAUUAAGAAACGAUUGCUAAUUACAACUUCCUUCAAACUGUUUUCCAUAUCUUCACAAAGGGUUUUAUAUGAAUGUCUGAAUGAAGGGAACGUGAAUGGACAUUAUUGAAGUUCUGAGUGUCUUCAAAUUGAAUGUGAGCUACUAUACAGUGCAGGAGAAACACACCCAUGUAUUUUUAUCACAAAGGGCAAAAGGAAAAAUCAAAGUGGAGAAAUUCUAACUUUCCUGGUUAAAAUAACUUGUAUAACAGUAAUAAUGACGUUUAAUAUGUGAAUGCCAGGGAGGAGUUUUGGGAUCAAGGUUAUUUCAGUUAUAAAAUCUAAAAUCAGUGAGAACAUUUCAAAUUUUGUACAUAAUCAUACCAAAGAGUUGGUUCGUCACACGAUCAGUGUUGUACAGUCUUAAGUCCCAUUAUUUGUGUACAGUUUUGUUAUGAAUGAAUGGCUUAAGGAAAAUGUUUAAGAAUCACUGAUUCAGAGAUGCCUUGAAAUGAAUCUGCAAUGAUCUGUGCAUCUUUUUAUGCUUUUUUUUUUUUCCCUCCAUGGUGUUGCUUCAAGCAAUAGUAGUUUUUGUCUCUGGAUGAAGUGAACAGUCCUAGUUUAACUUUGAAAGGCCUUUGCCAGUUUUCUUUGACCUUUUACAGUAUCACAAACAUCAUCUGCUUCUUUGCGCUCUCCUUUUUCAUGAAUGUCUCUCUGCUUUUGCUUGUUCAGCACUGAACUAAAAUUGUUUCUGUAGUAACUUCAAAUAAAGUUUUUGAAAAUGGC